GCUGGAUGAACUGACUCUUGGGGCUCUACAGUUGGCAUACCAAAAGGAGCGAGAUGCACACUAACAGCCUUUGGAGAGCGGGUCUCCUGGUGGCGACGCUUUGUGUCACCCUAACACUGGCCCAGUUCCCUCGGGAGUGCGUCACCCCUGAGGGCCUGCGUAGUGGCCAGUGCUGCCCCUCUCUGUCAGGCCAAGCUGGGGAUGAAUGCGGCUCCAGCACGGGACGGGGGCAGUGUGUGUCCAUUGCUGCAGAUAAUCGGCGCCAUGGACCCCAGUACCCAUACGCUGGGAGGGAUGACCGGGAGAGGUGGCCCUUGCGAUUCUUCAACCGUACUUGUCAGUGUAACGGGAACUUCAGUGGCUACAAUUGUGGGCGGUGUAGACAUGGGCUGACUGGGCCCAACUGUGACCAGAGGAUAUCUGUUGUGAGGAGGAAUUUAAUGCAAAUGAGUACAGCUGACAAGCAAGCGUUCAUCAGUGCUUUGGACCAAGCAAAAAGGACAAUCCACCCCGACCUUGUCAUCUGUACACGAAGGUACCAGGAGAUAUUGGGACCAGAUGGCAACACACCUCAAUUUGAGAACAUUACCAUUUACAACUACUUUGUUUGGAGCCAUUACUACUCUGUCAGUAAGACCUUCCUGGGGCCCGGCCAGGCCAGCUUUGGAGGAGUUGACUUUUCCCACGAGGGCCCCGGUUUUGUUACCUGGCACCGCUUUCACCUGCUGCAACUGGAAAGAGACAUGCAAGACAUGCUGGGCGACGCCUCCUUUGCACUGCCCUAUUGGAACUUUGCCAUCGGAGGCAGCGAAUGCGACAUUUGCACAGACGACCUCUUGGGAGCCAGGAGCUCUUUCGACCUGAAUUCCAUCAGUGCCAACUCGGUGUUCUCCCAGUGGAGAGUGGUCUGUGAGAGUGUGGAAGACUACGACACUCUGGGCACCGUCUGCAACAACACAGAGACCAGUCCCAUCAGGAGGAACCCGGCGGGCAAUGUGGCACGGCCCAUGGUGCAGAGGCUGCCCGAGCCGCAAGACGUGUUGGAUUGUCUGCAACUCAAUACCUUUGACACGCCCCCUUACUACUCCACCUCCUCGGAGAGCUUCAGAAACUCCAUUGAAGGUUACAGUGCUCCUCAGGGGAUGUACGAUCCAGUCAUCCGCAGCCUCCACAACCUAGCCCACCUCUUCCUAAACGGCACAGGCGGACAGACUCACCUCUCUCCGAAUGAUCCCAUUUUCGUCCUGCUGCACACCUUCACUGACGCCAUUUUCGACGAAUGGCUGAGCAGACACCAGCCGGGGGAGAUAGUCUACCCUGAGGAGAACGCUCCUAUUGGACACAACCGCCUGUUCAACAUGGUUCCUUUUUGGCCUCCUGUCACUAAUGCAGAGAUGUUUGUCCCUGCUCCUCAAAACUUGGGCUACUCCUAUGAGGUCCAAUGGCCAGUUCGUGCCUACACCGUAUCUGAGAUCAUCACUAUCGCCGUCGUAGCGGCUGUCCUGGUCGUGGCUAUGGUGGGUGGAGUCAUCGCCUGUGCCGUACGCGCCCGGUCAUACCGCUCCGCUGAGGCCUUGGAGCCUCUGUUGGGGGAAACCUUCCGGCGAUACUCAGAGGAUGACCGGAGGUUGGAUAAAUCACAGUCUGUUGUUUAAAUCAAUGCCUUGCUAAAAGAGGCCUUCACAUCUUCAUGCAUUUUUUAAGAAAGCUCCACAUCAUCUUUUAAUAAAGAGUCACUGGUUUA